UUCAGUGACGCUACCUGCGGUAACGAGCUGCUGCGCUGCGGAACUCAACUGGAGUUUGAAGCCGAUUUUGCUCCACAUUCGAGUCGACUUUAAGUAACUGAAGAGUCUGUGAGCGGUCGGCGGGAAUUAAAAACACCGAGUGACCACGGUCCUCACACUCAGCAUCCGCUUUGCACGCGCUUUAUGAUGUGAAUAGCGAAGCUAGCUGUUGUAAGUUUGUUUGGCUAAAGGCUAGCUAACCCUGCUUUACGGCAGCUGGUGAUCCCUGUAGCAACCGAUGGCAUGUAUUUAGUUUUACUCGAAGUCAGUCAUUUCGGUCUCUAGUUAUGAUCGAGUAGCUGCUUUCGCCGAGCUAGCCGUUAGCCGCGGACCCGAGCCCCGUCGCCGCCCGUGUCCGCGGUAUGCUCCAUCUGGCGGAUCGAUGGGGUUCCUGAGGAUCACGAUGCCGCCCAAGAUCCAGCUCCUGGCCGUGCUGGCGUUUGGAGUGGCGAUGCUCUUCAUCGAGAACCAGAUCCAGAAUCUGGAGCAGUCGCGAGCCAAACUGGAACGAGCCAUUGCCAGACACGAGGUGGCCGAGGUCGAGCAGCGUCACAGCGGAAGUGCCGGACGGGAACCCUCGGCCCCGGCGGAAAGAGAUGACACGGUCAUCAUCUACAACAGGGUGCCCAAGACUGCCAGCACAUCCUUCACUAACAUCGCCUACGACCUGUGUGGGAAAAAUCACUUCCACGUCCUGCACAUCAAUACGACCAAAAACAACCCCGUGAUGUCCCUACAAGACCAGGUGCGCUUUGUCAGGAACGUCACCUCGUGGAGGGAGAUGAGGCCCGGCUUCUACCACGGCCAUGUGGCUUAUCUGGACUUCUCCAAAUAUACAGUGAAGGGUAAGCCAAUGUACAUAAACGUGGUGCGAGACCCUAUAGAGCGGCUGGUGUCCUACUACUACUUCCUACGUUUCGGAGACGACUACAGACCUGGCCUGCGACGAAGGAAGCAAGGAGACAAAAAGACCUUUGACGAGUGCGUGUCAUCAGGGGGGUCUGACUGCGCUCCUGAGAAACUCUGGCUGCAGAUCCCCUUCUUCUGUGGACACCACUCAGAGUGCUGGAACACCGGCAGUCGAUGGGCCCUGGAACAGGCCAAGUACAACCUGGUGAACGAGUACCUGCUGGUGGGAGUGACCGAGGAGCUGGAGGACUUCGUCAUGAUCCUGGAGGCAGCUCUGCCUCGCUUCUUCAAGGGAGCCACGGAGCUCUACAGGACAGGGAAGAAGUCUCAUCUGCGAAAGACCACCGAGAAGAAGCCCCCCACCAAAGAGACCAAAGCCAAGCUGCAGCAGUCCGACAUCUGGAAAAUGGAGAACGAGUUUUAUGAGUUCGCACUGGAGCAGUUUCAGUUUGUGCGCGCACACGCCGUCAGGGAAAAGGACGGAGAACUCUACGUCCUGGGCCAGAGCUUCUUCUAUGAAAAGAUCUACCCCAAGGUGAACUGAGAGGCGGGGCCAAACAACUGGCGACGAGGGCUGCGCAGACAAAAAAAACCAACUAUGACUGAGUCGUUUACACUGGGACACAACGAGAGACGCUAACGAGUGAUGUUGGAUUUAUUAUUCCUCUAUUUCAGCUAUUUCUGGUGGUCUGAUUUUGACCCUGUUCAAGCACAGGAAAGCCUUUUCAGACUGUACCGAGGAAUUUACGAGGCAUGUGUCUAAUUUUUUUAUUGCCGUGCAGCAGUUGAGGAAAACCUCACAUGGAUGAACUGUCAGUACGAGCUGUGAGACAGAAUCUCUGUGACUGAAUAUGGUGCAAAACCCCAAAAAACACACGAGGAUAAUUAUUAAGUAAUGUGUUUGGUUUUUUUGGUGGGAACAUAAAACACAUAGCAACUCAAGCCUCAACUACUUAAGUCUAAAACCAUGUUUCAAUGUGUUGUUUCGAUUGGAGAUGUAAACAAACUCAUCUGGUUUAGUACGUCCGUCGUAUUUGCACGAUGCAUCUUGUUUACAAAUGACAGAAGAUUUAACUGUUACGAAAACACAAAGCUGUGUUCACACACACACACACACACACUAACAUACAGCGGUAUGUUUAUUGGGACCAAAUGAUAUCAACAGAACAUAGACCGAACCACUGCCUCCUUUUUUUGGUGCGUGAUAUAGUUUCCCACUGAGAUGUUCAUAGACACGUUACAACACAUCGUGUCAGCAUUUUAUCACAGAUUUAGUGACGUGGUGCAUCUUUGAUAUAACGAUUGCUGCUGGGGGGUUUUUUAGCCUGUGAAAGGAGAGAUGUUUUUAAUCAGCGCUGAAGAGAUUGUUUGCCCACAGGGUUAAUCAGAGGUUAGACUUGGUUACAGGGUUGCUAUGCAGAGAGGUUGAACUGAUAGUGCCUUUAAUUCAAUGUAUAGGGGAGUUUUUUGUUUUCUUUAUUUUCCAGUGAUCCCACAAUUAUGUGUCCUCUUAUUUAGUGUGUAUUUUUUAGUGUGAAAAAUGUCUUGUUUACAUGUUCACCAAGACACUAAGCUGCAGCAGCAUCUUCCUCCAUGACUUUUAGUUCCUACAAAUAUCAUCCAUGUCGGCACUUACUGGUUAAUCUGUCAAGAAUUUGACAUGUACAAAUAAAUGUAUCAUCCAAUG